AUGGAAACGCAUUUUGUUGCAGGUUCUGUAGUGGAAGAGCAAGGCUAUAGUACAUAUUUAUGCUUGCGUAAACAGGACAUUGAUAUUAUGGUUAAACAUGGUGAUUUGUAUCGUCAAGAUGAAUUACUACCAGUCCUUACUCUCUCAAUGACUCAUCCAAAAAAGUAUCGGGCUUUGUCUUUUAUACAAAUGACUAGUUCAGAUCACAACUAUGACAUGUUCGCCAAUCAAAUGCAUGUAACAUUGAAAAAUUUAACUGUGUUGCGUAAGCAACGAAGAAGUAUUAAUGAAAGAAGUCAUAAGUUUAUGCAUAAUGCUAAAGGUAUCAGAGAUAUUUGUUCACACAUAUGUCAAACAUUACCAUCACUACAAUUACAUUUUUGGCCAGAAGAUGUUCAGCCGUUUUUAAACCGUUUACAAACAAAUAAAAUUUCAUUGUAUAAUAAAAUAAAAGAUAUUCAUAUGCAUGUUAUACCGAAACCAUCACAAAAAACCGGCGAAUGUUAUAAACAUCUCGAAUUUCGUUAUUCAUUCUCAGCUGUUGAGCUUAUAAUGGCGAAACAACGUACGUAUAGUGAACGAAUAUUAAAUGAAGCUUGCAUAACAUCGUACUUUAUCAAAACAACCGUUUUAUGGCUGUGUGAAACGGAAAAUAUUGAUGCUAUUAACGAACAAAAUUAUGGUCUAUUAACAAAGCAAUUAACUGCACAAUGGAUAACAUUUGCAUGUUCAAAAUUGCGUAAUCACGUAUGCGAACAUUAUUUUCUUGUAGAUAUUAAUAUUUUAUCUGCUUAUUCACAUAAAACAUUAGAUCAAGCAUGCAGUAUACUUGAAAACUUAUCAUUUGAUGUUGAAAAAUCUGUUUUUCAGCCUGUGGUAGAAGAUAAAAUGCAAUAUAUAGAUAAUGCAAUACAAUAUAUAGAUAAUGCAAUACAAUAUAUAGAUAAUGAAAUGAUCGUUUACGAAAAUCUUCCAGCGUUGAUCAAUGAUGAAAUGAAUGCAGCCAAUGACUACGCAAAAUUAAGACAGAGAUUGUUCCCAAACAUGAUGCAAGCAGAAGAUAAGUAUCAAUUUUCUGAUACACUUUUAUUCAUGUCUCUGUUCGAUGGUGAUAAUAAAAAUAAUUGGCUUACAUGGAAACAGUUAUUAAUCGACUAUACCGAAUGCAAUCAAUCACCAGUUUUUAGUGAAAAAAACCAUCCAGGUGGUCCAGAAAUUGAGGCGUUAGAUGAAGACACUAGUUUGAAGACAUAUUAUGACUCGUAUUUUAGGACCAUUUCUAGCGCAAAUGAGAAAGAGAAUUCUCCAUUCCAAGAUGGUAAACAAUUAUCAGUACCGAUGAAAAUACCACAUAUUCUUACAGUUGCCCUUGGUUUAACUCAUGCGAGCUUAUUGUUUAAGCAUCGUAAAAUACUCACACCGAAGGAUUCCUCUUACUUCCAAUUGCCAUCUAACUCACCUGGGUCUCCUCAUGCUAAUCUAUUAAAACUCAUUCACAAUACGAUACCACUGUUGAAGAAAGUAAAAUCAGAAUUUGAAGAGACAUUAAAAAUUCUCGAAGCGCCAAAUAGAACAGAAUAUACAACAAUAGAACGAAUACAAAGUCCCAAAACACAGUUUCUUGCCACUCCGGUUCAAUCACAACAUCACAGUUCAGUUUCCCUUCCUAAAAUAAAUUUUCCAGUCAAAAAGUUAGAAAAGGAAAAGGUGCCAUUAAUAUUAAAACCGAAAGUACCAAUCUCUUUACAGGUGGCUGAUUAUUUCUGUAACAUACCAGAAUUAUUUGUACGUGAUCCAGUUGAACCGAUUAGUUGGUAUGUCGAUGACGAUGGUUGUGAACCGUCUCCGACAACUAGGCAACUAUUUCAAGUGCGGGCUUUAAUUACUUUGCCGCCUUUGUCCUCUAUGUCAAUCGGAAGCAGAGUUUAUAAAACGAAUGGCAAAGAAGAGUGCCGGGAUGAUUGGGAAAUUCGUGUACAUGAAGCCGAUAGUCGUUUAUAUUACGUUGUACCGAAUAUUCGAUACACAAGAUGGGUGAGCGAUGUUCUUUGUCCGGGAGUAGAAGAGUGA